CGGGCCAAUGGGCGUGCGGCGCUGGGAGUGAGAGGAGCUUGUCGGGCAGCUCACAGGCUGGGGCCGGGAACUCACGCAAAGGGGCUGCUUGGGGCAUCUCUGCUGGCAGCCAGAGGGGCACAGGAUUAUGCAGCUAGCUGGCACCCCCCUGCCGCCAUGUACGUGAGUUACUUGUUGGAGAAGGACGCUGCCAUGUACCCUGGAUCUAUGCGUGCCCACCCGGGGCUACAGAACUACCCUGCUGCCCCCCAGUACCCUGACUAUGGGAGCUACCAUGGCAUGGGGCUAGAUCAUGGGGCACCUUCCUCUGGUUCCUCAGCUGGCUGGAUCACCCCAUAUGGACCCCCUAGGGAUGAAUGGGGGGUCCAUCCAACUUACUCCCCUGGGCACACUCACAUUAACCCUUCUCCUGUGGGCAACAUGGCCUUUAGCCCCGACUACUCCCCAGCGCAGGUGCAGGGGCAGCCUUGUGUUGGGGUAUUACCGGCUGGGCCCCCCCCUCAGCUAUCGCCGGGCUCGGAAGAUGGGCACCGACGGCAUCACUACGAAUGGCUCAGGAAACCAGUCUCCCAGGCAAGCACAGGAUCCAAGACAAGGACAAAGGACAAGUAUCGGGUUGUAUACACGGACCAGCAGCGGCUGGAGCUGGAGAAGGAGUUCCAUUACAGCAGAUAUAUUACUAUAAGGAGGAAGGCAGAGCUGGCGGCCAAUCUGGGGCUUUCGGAGAGACAGGUAAAGAUCUGGUUCCAAAACAGAAGAGCCAAAGAAAGAAAAAUCACCAAGAAAAGGAUCCAGCAGACUCAGACUGGCCAAAAUGGACCAGACACUCUCAGCCCAGAACCUUCCAUUACCCACCACAUGAUACCACAUGCUACAAGUAAUGUGGGGGGCUUGCCUAAUACUGUCACACAGUGAAACCCCCUUAACGUUCGACCAUGAGCAGCUCUCACAGACACUGACUGGCCCACUCUCUGGAUCCCCAGCUGGUUGGAGAUGGACCCAGAUGGCGCUGUUUGUGUGUGGAAGUCACUUGGAAUGAGAUUUCUUAGUUGGUUGGACUGAUGGGGAGCUAGCCCCUGGUUAUAUAUGCCAUUGGGGCUACUAACAGUACCACCUGCCUACCCAGGCUCUUCCUGGCACCCACCCUGUCUAUACCACUAGGGUCUGCUAACAGUAGCAUACACCUACCCGGGCUCAGACUGCUAUUCAUUGGGUAUGUACCUCUGGGGGUUACUGACAGCACCCUAGGACUCCUGCGUACUCAUAUAGACUUUUACAUGAAAUCACUUUUCUAUGAGAUUGAAGGGUUAGGCCCCAGGCUUUAAAAUAUGCAGUUAAUUUUAAUAUAUUUGUACAUAAAAUUGUAACAAAAAUGAUAUUUUUAUGUGAUAUUGUAUGUCUCAGGGAUUAUUUGUUUACUUCCAUAUGACUGUGCAGGAUGGGUUCUUACAGAGGUAUAGGCUGGCUGUCUAUAUGUAAUGGCAACUUUGCCAGUUAAUGGGAAUAGAUGCAAGGGGGGAGAAAUAUUCUGUUAAACAUUAACCAUCUUUAAAGCAGAUGAUAAUAUGUAAUGCGCCCAGCAGCCUUUCCCCUAUCCAAUGGAAAGAGACCCUAUCCUGUAAGCCAGGGCUGUCCAACUGGAGGCCCGCAGGCUGGAUAUGGUUCUGUGAAGGAUUUUUAUGGUCUCUCUAGUCUGCUCAAACGCUAACAUUUCCUGUGGCUUGAAGAUUAGAGGCCUCAUUCACUAAGGGUUCUUACACACAGGCAUUUAUAAGUGUAUUCCCUUCCUGCAACACUGGUGUGUGUUUCACCCAGGGCCCUAUCUACCAUAUAGAUACCCAAUGGCCUGUUCCUAGGGUGGCAGAUUUAGGGGUGCCUAAAUAGGAACAAUCAUUGUGCAGAAAAAAAAUUCCCCUCAAGCAGACGCACCAGACCUACAUACAGCCCUGGUUCCACCCUACAGCAACGCAGGAGUUAACUGACCCCAUUCUUCUCUAUAGGGACUGUACCACAUGUAAACAUGUAAGUGGAAAUAAAAACUGUGCCAGUGUCCAAUUUUAUCUGCACUCCUGUGGGCACAGCCCUCAUAGGGAAAUCUGACCUGCACUUACACCUGUGGGUAAGAGCCCUUACAUACACUCUUUCUUGGCACAAAAACACAGACAUUGCACAAAUUAAAAUGCCAAAUACAGAGAGGUUGCGCUUCUCUAAUGCUGCUUCUUCAAGUGAAUGAGGUUCUAGGUGCAAGGAACAGGGGAGCCAGGGAACCCUACUGUUAUUAUUAGGCUUUCAUUUCAGCUUUUUAUUAAGCAGUUAGAUGGGUCAGGCAAAUGGCACUGCAGCUUUCAGCAUUCCAGCUACUGGGAGUUGUAGUUAUGUCCCCAGUUAACACAACAGCUUGUCUCUCUCCUGCGCACUAUAGUAAAGCAAUCAUGUUAAGAGAAGUUUACACCAGAACUCAGGGCAUUUGCACCUCUCCCUGCUGGCAUUUGGCUGUGCACAUUGUUCGGGUCGGCAAUGAAGAUUAAUGGAGAAUCAAUACCCGGGAAUCCUGCAGCAAGGAACUGUGAAUUAAUGUGCUAUGUGUGUUUUUUUUACCCUCUCUGUAUUUGCAAAGAAACUAAAGAAAGUUUGAAAAACA